AAACACACCUAUCCAGUCAGUCUAACUGUACUUUAUAGCUGCUGAGACAGUCACAGUGACCACUUCCUCAGAGAUACAAAAGGAGAAGAAGGAGAAGCACUCUGACAGAAAUGCUGUCCUCAACCACAGAACAAGUAGCUGUAGCAGUGUCCUCUGGUCUGGGCUCUUCGGCCGGAAAUGGCUCAACCUUCCUGGACUCUGAGUUUCGUUACACCCUCUUCCCAAUUGUCUACGGCAUCGUCUUCAUCCUGGGCCUCUUUGCCAACCUCUAUGUGCUGUUUGUCCUGCGCUGCCUCCGCCAAGCCAAGGCCAUGGGCGAAAUCCGCAUCUACAUGACAAACUUGACCAUCGCUGACCUCCUUUUCGUCUGUGCCCUUCCCUUCUGGAUUGGCUACUACAGUCGGCGCGGCCACUGGGUCUACAAAGACUUCCUGUGCCGGCUGACUGGCUCGUUGUUCUUCAUCAACACCUACUGCUCCAUCCUCUUCCUUGGGGCCAUCAGCGUCAACCGAUACUGGGCAGUCACCCGGCCUCUGGAUGCGGCCUCGUCAGACCACAGACGCCGCGGGAUCAUCGUGAGCGUUGUCAUCUGGGUGUUGACCAUAGCGAUGGCCAUUCCAUUCCUGGCCUUUCCGGGGACCAAAACUGACGAGAACAAUGUCACUCGCUGUUUCGAGGGGUACCAGAAUGAAACCGAUGUGGAGAAGAAAGUAGUGGCUGCUACUCAUUUUGCAAUAAUCGGAAUGUUUUUUAUUGUCUUUGUUCUGGUCGUGGUGUGUAAUUUCCUAAUUGCUCGAGCGUUACUUUCUCAAAGUCCUGCAACGAUCAUAUCCAGAAAGUCCAACAGGACCAUGUCGUCCUCUGCUAAAAGGCCCCGGGGGGUGAAACGGACAGCUCUGCAGAUGUUGUUAGCAGUGGUGGGAGUGUUUGUUCUGUGCUUCGUGCCCCACCAUGUCAUUCAAGGCUUCUGGACUUUGGCGGUGUUGCAGAUCACACAAGGCUGGGGUCACGUAGACUGGGACCAGAGCACUCUUAAGAUGCUCAACGACGCACAUCAGAUCACAUUGCUUCUUAUGGGCCUCAACUGCAUUUUGGAUCCUGUGGUUUACUAUUUCGCCACAAGGAGGUUUAGAGGGUUCAUCAUGGCCCACUUAAAAAAGUUAAUAAAGGGAGAGGGGUGCUCACAUACGGUCACCUCACAGCUCUCCAUGGACAGCAGGAAUCAGAGCCAGAGACUCCCCAGCGAAAACCAACAGCCCGAAAUGGAUUGAUUUAAUGUAAUAUUUGUACAAAAUGUAUCUGUGACUUAUGUGUGAAAGACUGAUUCAAGAUUACAUAUCAUACAGUAUUUUGUUGCACUUCUGGAACAACAAGCAGUUAUAUGUAGUUAGGUGUCGGCGGCUCCACAACCCUCAGAACCCAUCUCUGCAUCCUGUAGGGGCUGCAGUCUGAAUUGCACCAGCCCUCCUGCUCUUCCUGUGUGAAGUACAAGCUGAAAAGCAGAAGUUUUGCAAGCAGAAGUGCAUCAUCGAAUUGAUUACGGCCCUGGGAGUGUGCCACUUUAGCCUAUGAAAUGAACUGAUGAAGCAACAGACGCAUUAUUUAAAUCCUCCCACAAGUAUUAUUCUGAACAAAAUGGGUCAUUAGAAACAUUGGAGAAUUUAAGGAUAAUAUACAUACAGAGCCUCUGUUUUUGGGUGUUUAAGAGUGGAGCUUCUCACUAGAUUACACACACUUCAACUCAGCAGGCGUACCCGCCCUACCUGAUGUUUUAUCAGUAAAAUAUGUUGUCUCAUAUCAGAUAAGUUACAGGUUUUCUUUUUUUUUUAGCUUUGCCUGGACACGUCAUAUUACUGGUAUUGUGAAACAAGGGAGCAGAAGUAAUAUUGCUUGAGUUAUGUUUCCUUCCUGUCAUUCAAUAUUGUGACAUUACAUGUCUCAUGAUGAAGAUCCCAUGAUUCACAGUGAUAAAGAAACCCAACACUUAUGACUAUUCACCUAUCUACUGUAUAUAUAUAUUGUAUUGUUUAUAGCUUACCUGCUGUUGCAAAACAGAUUUAUGAAGCAUUGUUUAUUCAGUUUUCUUUCUUUCAAAAGUGUGUGUAAUGUUAUUUUGAUCUAUCAAGAGGAAAAUAUGCUGGUUUUUACUCCAUAUAGACAACUCUUGUAAUUACAGUUUUAUUUGUGUGUUCUUUUGCUGCAUCAUGAUGAUUAAAGUAAAUUAAAAAGUCAGUUUCUGACAUAUCAAUAA